AUGAAGUUGACUGCUUUCCUCACCGCUCUCUCCUUCUCUGCUAUCAUUGCAGCAGCCCCCGUUUCAAACAACUCGCCUCGCGGGUUUUUACCAACUGCAGCCGACAUUCUUGAUAAGAUGUACCCACACAAUGGUGUACCACGUCUUGCUCAGAAGCUUGACAAAAUUUUGAACGUUUGUCAGUACACUUAA